AUAUGUGGUUUAAAGUGGAAUAGCGAAGGAGAUCAAUUGGCAAGUGGUGGUAACGCCAACGAACUUUUUAUCUGGAAUAAUGAAAGUUGUAGUCCAGCUCAAAGUCUUGAUGGGCAUAAAGCUGCUGUCCGUGCUCUUUCAUGGAGUCCACAUACACGUAACUUAUUGGCAAGCGGAGGUGGUCACUUGGAUCGACAAGUUCGUUUCUGGAAUACUUUGAAUGCAAAAUGUUUGUCUAUUCAUAAUGUCAAGUCUCAGGUAUGUAACCUACAAUGGUCACCAAACGCGAAUGAGAUCGUAUCUACUCAUGGAUGGUGGAAUAACGAUGUAAUUGUUUGGCGGUAUCCAUCGAUGGAAAAAAUUGCAACAUUAAAGGGACACACUUACCGUGUACUUUAUUUCGCUUUAUCUCCGAAUGGUGAAGAUAUUGUCACGGGCGCAGGUGGCGAUGAUAAUACUUUGAGAUUCUGGAAGAUUUUCAACACUCCACCCAAGAACAAAAGGAAGAUGGUUAAAUCCGCUUUGAAAUUGGAUGG